UCAUGUGUGGCAAAAUGUGUACUUUAUCUUCAAUGAGGAAACGCAUUAUGUUAUGUUGUAAGUGUGCAAUAAAACAUUUUUAAAAUGUGCUUUGUUUUACAGUCAUCGUUGUGUAACAGGCGACACUUACAGUUACGCAAACCCGUGUUUUUGUUAGGUAAGGCUAGCUAGUGCAGCAGCAGGGUGUGGGAGGUGCUGAGGGUCAAUGGUCUCUACAUCCAGGAUCCUUUUCGUUUGGCGUCACUUUGUCAACAUUAGGAUGGGAGAUAUGGCCUUCAAAGCACAGAUGCCGACCCCAGAGACAGCGCUGCCCGGCCGGACUGAGAGUUUGAAAGUCUCCGAAAAACACGUUGUGAAUGGAAACAGGACUGUUCCACCUUUUCCAGAGGGAACAGAGAUGGCCAUGUUUGGUAUGGGCUGCUUCUGGGGUGCAGAGAGGAAGUUUUGGAAGCAAAAAGGAGUUUAUUCUACCCAAGUGGGCUAUUCUGGGGGUUACACACCUAACCCUACCUACAAGGAAAUUUGCACAGGCAGGACAGGCCACGCUGAGGUGGUCAGAGUUGUCUUCCAACCAGAGCAGAUCAGCUUUGCCAGUCUCCUCAAAGUCUUCUGGGAAAGCCACAACCCAACUCAAGGGAUGCGUCAGGGGAACGAUAUUGGGACGACAUACCGCUCUGCCAUCUACACCUACACAAAGCAGCAGCUUGAGGAAGCUUUGGCCUCCAAAGAGCAAUACCAGAAGGUACCUCCCCACCUGGAGCUGAAUAAACACAUUCGAGAGAGACAAGAUGCUAAUAAGUACCUGCAGCAAACGACCUUGAUAAGAUGAGUUCUGCUCAAAGUCAAAUCAUUCUUGCAGUUAAAUUGGUUUGGUGCAGACUAACAAGGAUAUUUUUAUUGAUGAAUGGUGGGAAACUCAGUCUCAGCAUCUAUCCCUCCUGAGUUUGAGGAACCCAAUGACUCCAACUUGUUUUAUAAAUCCAGUUAAAUUUAUUUAACCACCAGAUCUGUUUUUGCUGAACUGAAUUGUGUCUCUGGGGUAAUGUACUGUAUAUGAUUUGCACUGCUAACAUGAGAUUAUUUCAGUGAAUUUCAACCUUUUUGUUCCCAUGUCACACAAAAGGGCAAACCACAAGUUUUCAUAUCUGCAGAAAAUAAUCUCUGGAGCAGCUAGAAAGAUAUCCUUUUUUGUUUGCAUGGUCUGAUAAAGGCACUUUUGAGCAUUACAAACUUUUUUUCCUUUGCAGGAUGCUCUCCAUCACCUCAGUCUUUCUGCCUGUUGUUUGUCUUCACUGCUCUUUUAAAGUAGGCAAAGUUUCUUUCAGAAAGGACGUUUGGUUUCUAAGUGCCUCUUUAGCUCCACUAGUCCCACGUUAGUGUCAUUUAACGCCACCCAACAAAAGGUGCACUUAGUUUGAAGGCCGAGUUAACAUCCCCAGUCUGUCUGAAGGAGUGACAUGGCUUUAUGUUUCUUGUUUUCUUCAUGCUAGAAAAUACCUCCUCAUAUGUCAAUAAGAACAUAUGAUUUUAUAGAUAUACUCGUUAAAUAAUAAUAAUUCAUUACUUUUUUGUUAAUUUACAGUAAGUGUUUAGGUGAGAUAAAAAUAAGUGUGGACCUGCCUCAAGGUGGAAGAUUUGGAAACCAGUCAGUUAUACAAGUGGUUCCGUUUGUGUGUUUAGCAGAAUCAUUUAAUAUGACCGUGGGAGGCUGGGAUUGCCUCAACUUAGAGGUGUUUAAUUUUGGGGUCAGACUAGAUCUGAACAGUAAUUUUUCAAAAGAUUUUAUACAACUGUGGCUAAAUACUACAUUUAUUGUCAUAUCAUCAUAAGUACGGAUCAACUUAAAAUAAUUUUUUUUUAAAAAGAAAGAAAACCGGCAGAGAUCACUUUGCUGUUGUUAACAAAUGAUCACAAACUGAUUUGGAUCCGUCAGUUUGUGCAGGAUGUGGAUUAGCCUUGGACUGCUCAUCUUCAUGCUUUUCAUUUCAUAAUGACCAGCCCAGUAAUUUGUGAUUUUUUUCUUUUCUUUUUUUUUCUCUG